UGUUUAUAUUUGGGACAAUUGGAAAGGAGCGAAAAGUUACUUUUGAUAAAUAUUUACCCACACAAAAUAUCGUAAAUUUUGAAGGCUUAGUCAGUUUUAGUUAUUUUCCCAAAAUGCCUUCUAUGAAAGUGGAAGGCGACAGUGAUGGGGACGGCGAUAUGUCUGGAGGCGAUACAGAAAGAUCUGUGGGUUCAUCCCGAGGCCCAGACCGUGAUUCUAGUGCUGAAGAAGCAGAUGAACCAGACUCGGAUGACUCCUCAGAGAUGGAUGAAAGUGAAUGUGAGCGUCGUAGGAACGAAUGCCUGGAUAAUUUAGCAAAUUUGGAGCGGCAGUUCACAAUACUCCGAGAGCAGUUGUAUAACGAGAGGAUGAAGCAUGUAAAGCACCAGCUGUCUGAAGUCCAAGGCGGGAGGUCUCAGGAGUAUCUCGGACCUUUGCGACGUCUACAGGAAAAUAUGAAAGUUCGGAUCGAAGUAGCGGGGAUAUUAAAGCAGAUGCGGAUUGAAAACAUAAGACACAAGUACGAGGCAGAGGAACAAGCAGCUCAUCAAAACUUCAAGAGUGAAAAGUGGCUUGCCUACGAGAAACUAAAGGAGGAAAUUCUAGAAAAGAUUAGAAAAAUCGAAGAGGAACGCCAUACUGUGGACUUGUGGCCUUGCGGGCCUGAAUGGGGACGCAAGAAACGAAGACGGCAGGUGUCAGUGUCACCCCCGUAUGUGGUGUAUAUGCUGUCGGAUUCCGACAUCAUGGAGGACUGGAGGCUAGUGAGGAAACUGCUCGAAAGAACUGAUUCGUAG